GGCACACACACACACACCCGCACGCACACACACACCCCAUUGAUCAAUAUUUGGCUGUCUUGCUGCAACUUGCUGCAGUCUUUUAAAGGAGUAGUAGAGAGAGAGCGAGAGAGAAAGGGAAACUGGCAGGAAGGGGUAAGGAGCUACACAUGUCACAUGUGCUUUCUAAGACGGCCAGGAGCAUCUGCAGGCUGGAUCUGGUGGAGGAUGCUGCGGCAGGUGAUACACAGAGGGCUCCAGUCGUUUUUCUACAAGCUGGGCUUAUUCGUGAGCAGGCAUCCGGUGUUUUUCCUCACUGUGCCCGCAGUCCUGACCAUCAUCUUCGGCUUCAGCCUGCUCAACCGCUUCCAGCCUGACACUGACCUGGAGAGCCUGGUAGCCCCCAGCCACAGCCUGGCCAAGAUCGAGAGGAGCUUAGCCAGCAGCCUUUUCUCCCUCGAUCAAUCCAAAAGCCAACUGUAUUCGGACUUGCACACCCCGGGGAGGUAUGGCAGGGUGAUUCUCCUCUCCAAACCCGGAGGCAAUAUUUUGCAUCAGGCUGAUGUGAUCCUGCAGAUCCACCGAGCCGUGCUGGAAAUGAAGGUGAACUACAAAGGCUAUAAUUAUACUUUUUCCCAUCUGUGUGUGUUGAGAAAUCAGGAUAAGAAAUGCGUGCUGGAUGAUAUUAUUUCAGUGCUAGAGGAUCUGAGGCAGGCUGCCCUCUCCAAUAAGACAACAGCCAGGGUGCAAGUGAGCUAUCCCAACACUAAAUUGAAGGAUGGAAGGAGCAGUUUUAUUGGCCACCAGCUUGGAGGGGUCAUGGAAGUGCCAAACAGCAAGGACCAGAGAGUCAAAUCAGCCAGAGCCAUCCAAAUCACUUACUACCUCCAAACGUAUGGCUCUGUCACCCAGGACCUCAUUGGGGAGAAGUGGGAGAGCGAAUUCUGUAAACUGAUGCACAAGAUGCAACUGGAUCACCAAGAUCUGCAGCUCUACUCUCUAGCAUCCUUUAGCCUCUGGAAGGACUUCCACCAGACCAGUAUCUUGGCCAGGGGCAAGAUUUUGGUGAGCCUGAUGCUGAUUCUCCUGACUGCUACCCUCUCGAGCUCCAUGAAGGACUGCCUGCGUAGCAAACCUUUCCUGGGCCUCCUGGGAGUACUCACUAUCUGUAUUUCCAGUGUCACUGCGGCAGGGAUAUUUUUCAUUACUGAUGGAAAAUAUAAUUCUACUCUGUUGGGAAUCCCUUUCUUCGCUAUGGGUCAUGGAACCAAAGGAGUGUUUGAACUUCUUUCAGGAUGGCGUCGAACCAGAGAGAAUCUGCCAUUCAAGGACCGGGUAGCAGAUGCCUACUCAGAUGUCAUGGUCUCCUACACAAUGACAAGCUCCUUGUAUUUCAUAGCCUUUGGCAUGGGUGCAAGCCCUUUCACCAACAUCGAAGCUGUAAAAGUCUUUUGCCAGAACAUGUGCGUCUCCAUCCUGUUGAACUACUUCUAUAUCUUCUCCUUCUUUGGCUCCUGCCUGGUCUUUGCUGGCCAGCUGGAGCAGAACCGUUACCACAGCAUCUUCUGCUGUAAAAUCCCUUCAGCAGAGUACCUGGACCGGAAACCUGUGUGGUUCCAGACCAUGAUGAACGAUGGCCAUCAGCACACUUCCCACCAUGAGACCAACCCAUACCAGCACCACUUUAUCCAGCAUUUCCUCCGAGAGCACUACAAUGAGUGGAUUACCAACAUCUAUGUCAAGCCAUUUGUGGUGAUACUGUAUCUCAUCUAUGCCUCUUUCUCCUUCAUGGGGUGCUUACAGAUCAGUGAUGGAGCCAACAUCAUCAACCUUCUUGCCAGUGAGUCUCCAAGUGUCUCCUAUGCCCUCAUACAGCAAAAGUAUUUCAGCAACUACAGCCCAGUGAUAGGCUUCUACAUUUAUGAACCUCUGGAGUACUGGAAUGGUACUGUGCAAGAAGACCUAAAAACACUAAGCCAGGGGUUCAACACAGUGUCCUGGAUUGAACAGUAUUACCAGUACCUUCGGGUAGGUAACAUCAGUGCAACCAACAAAAGUGACUUUAUCAGCAUCCUCCAGAGCUCCUUUUUAAAAAAGCCAGAAUUCCAGCACUUCAAAAAUGACAUAAUUUUCUCCAAAGCUGGAGAUGAGAACAACAUAAUUGCUUCUCGUUUGUACCUUGUGGCCAGGACUAGUGAAAACACACAGAGGGAAGCAGUGGAAUUGCUGGAGAAGCUGAGGCCACUCUCUCUUAUACAGAGCAUCAAGUUCAUUGUGUUCAAUCCUACUUUUGUUUUUAUGGACCACUACGGUUUAUCAGUAACUAUGCCUGUCCUGAUUUCUGGUUUUGGCAUCCUGCUGGUGUUAAUACUGACCUUUUUCCUGGUUAUCCAUCCUUUGGGAAAUUUCUGGUUAAUUCUCAGUGUCACCUCAAUAGAGCUGGGUGUCCUUGGCUUGAUGACCUUAUGGAAUGUAGACAUGGAUUGCAUUUCUAUACUGUGCCUUAUUUACACUUUGAAUUUUGCCAUAGAUCACUGUGCACCCCUGCUUUAUACAUUUGUACUCGCUACUGAGCACACCCGAACUCAGUGUAUAAAGAACUCCCUCCAAGAGCACGGGACAGCCAUUUUGCAGAACGUUUCUUCUUUUCUUAUUGGGUUGGUCCCCCUUCUCUUUGUGCCUUCAAACUUGACCUUCACACUGUUCAAAUGCUUGCUGCUUGCUGGCAGUUGCACACUUCUGCACUGUUUUGUUAUUUUGCCUGUCUUUCUAACCUUUUUCCCACCUUCAAAAAAGCACCACAAGAAAAAGAAACGGGCAAAAAGGAAGGAACGAGAAGAGAUCGAAUGCAUAGAGAUUCAGGAGAAUCCUGAUCAUGUUACAGCAGUCUGAAAGGUUUAGAAAAAAUAAUAGUAUAUUCUCUUUUUAAAAAAGUGUUGCACAGAGAUGCAGGGAAAAUAGAGCAAAGAUCUCAGCUGCUUGUGCUGGCCAGGUCUGACAAGGCAAAGGAAGAUCAAGAAGGGGUAUUCGUGACACCUCAAGGUGCAAACUUUUUUUAACAAAAAUAAUGAAAGUAAAAUAAUCUCUAAUGUUUUCUUUGAAUCCUCAUUCUCCACCAGGGAAGAGGCUGUUGGUCAUUAAGUGUUCCUGAAUCUUAGACUGUAGCUCUAAUGCAAAUUGCUUAAUUUGUCUUAUGUAGGCCUGAAGCAAGGGGGAAAAAUAAUAGUUACCAUUAAGUAAAAAGUAGGGGGAAAGGCAGAUUUUUUUGAUAAAAUUGUCCAUGGAAGAGAAAAAGAAACAACAUUUAAAAUGAGAAAAGGUUGCAAGACCAAGAGAGAUUAAAAAUGCCAUGGCACUCUUUUGCUAAUUUUCUUGAACAAGUUCGUUAAGAUGAAACCUAUGCACUUGGGAAGUAAAUGUUUAAAACAAUCUAAGCCAAAGUACUUCCCAAUUCCAGUAUACCAUAUGUAUCUGUAACACCACAGUUAGAGCAUUAUUGCAAAUAGGGUUGGCAAAGCUGAGGGAUAGAGGUACUGUUUAUAUAGGAGAAGAAACAACCAUAGCCAUUUGGAAAUUUAACAUUCAGUUCCUUUAUAUAAAAUAUAUCAUUUUUAUCCCAAGGUCACAGCUGGUAGUUAAUACCAUACACACAUUUUAGUAUUUCUGAAUUGUGAAUUUCCCCUUGAACUAACAGAUCUCACAAAAUUAACACAGACUAUCACCCCUGCAGAAGUGUUUGCAGUUCCUGCAGCAUAACACUUUUGAAUUCUAAUUUACCAGUGUUGACAUGAAAUACUGAAUAUUAAUCAAGCAGGAGCUUUAAAUGUAAUGAUGGAUUGCAUAUCACAGGCAUAACAUGAUCGGGUAACAGCUGAGUCAGCUCUGGAGCACCUGCACAGUAUUAUCACUAUAUAUUUGGUCCAAUGGAUGAAGGAAUGUGUUUUUUGGUCCCUGCAAUAUGCUCCAGGAAGUGGGAUUUUUCCCUUCUUUAAGCAAAAUGUCAGUCAAAUAAUUGCACCACACACACACACACACACACAAAAAAAAAAACCUUGUAAAGGUUUGAGUGGGGCUGGAUCAACACCUAGUUCUAAAAAGACAGAUUGGUCCCCUUUCUGGUGAAAUGUCUUUUUUAUUAUUAUUCCUAAAUAUUUGAAUGUUCAUCAUCUGCAACAUAAGACUUUGUUAUGGCAGUUGAAAUUUCACAGGAGAGUGCAGUAAAUCUGCAGUUACUCUGUGACAUUAGAAAUUGUACUGUAAAGGACUAUGAAUCACUUUCUCUGCUUUGUAAACUAUUCAGCUUAGUAGCCCAAGGGAAGGGAUGAAAACAGAUCCAGCCAUUUCAGUUUGCUCUUGGCCCAGUGCUGCACUGGACCUUGCCAUGUCGAUCUCUCCUUUCAGUAUUUUAAAAGGGCUUGCUUUCUACUCUCUGGAAUAUGGUAUAGCAUCACCUCCAUGAGUAAUGUCUUCCUGAAUCUAGAGUAUCCAUGAGGACACUAUGUAAAGAUAUCACUAUAUGGAGUGUUUAUGUCUACUUUGUAUUACUUGUGGGUACCUUUAAAAGAUUAUCUGGAAGCUGUUUGCCUUCCAAAAUGUAUAUACAUGUCUAUAUGUGGCUGACAACUCAGUCUCAAGCCUGCAGAGUUUGCUGAUGAGGGUGUGUACAUAUGUUUUACUAAAAAGCUCUCUGCAAGACAUUAAUUCUUUGCUAUGUGAUAUGUUUCACCUCUUCCUACUGUUUUGUGAUUAGGGAGAGCCAGAAAAAAUUCACCUGCAGCACAAAGAAAAGCCAUUUGAAUGUCAGUUCUAAUGUUCAUGAGCUGCUUCUGUUUCCAAGGAAUGCAAUUUCACCUCCUCUCUAUACUUUCUGUACUUUGCCAUUAUCAUUUGCCAAAAAUGACCUCUGUGUUUUAGGAGUGGUCAAAGCUCUUGAUUGUUUGAGGAAACUUUUGAGUGCAACAGGUAUUAAAGAAAGAUAAACUUUCUAGGAAGGCAAAGCUUCCAAAGUUUGAAUCCAGACCUCAACUUCAGGGGUAGACGGAUCAAGGUUACCGGUUUGACCCAAAAUAUUCAAGGGCCAGCUGCAGAACUGAGAUCUAAGUAGUUUAAUAAGAUUUAGGAGCAGGGGAUGUUUUAAUGUUGAGUUAUGGCUCCCAUGUGUCUCUAAUUGGGAAGUAUUUACUGACCCUGAUUUCCAUCUUGAAGACAUUGUGCGAUACUGAUCCUUUUUAGAACAGCCCAUUGUGAAUGUCAAGCUUCCCAUUUCCUCCACUGUCCAUGCAAAACCUGGAUUGUUGUAGCACUGUGACUCUUGGUUAUCACUUCUGGAGCUGAUACCUGGGAAAUUUCUGGUCUCUUUUGUACUGCCCAGAUGCAUCCCGGGGCUGUCUGUCAUGCACUGUAUCGAGGAAAAUGGCACUUUCCAAAGCCAUCACAGCCAGAAUUCAUCUCAUCUAACUCCAGACACUGACAGUGUAGAUAUUUAUAUCUGGACUUCCUUUAUGGCCAUGAGAGAAGGACAAACCCUUCUGAUCCCUUUUUUAGGUUGUGCAUUGGGAGUAAAAAAAUCACACUUUUUCAAAUGCAGAUUUCUGUCCAUUGGUGAUCAAGGAAGCUCAACACAAUUAGUUCAAACACAGACAUGGGCUAUGCAGACUCAUCCAGAGAUGGUGAGAUUAACCUCACUUAAAAUGAGCAAAUAUCAAGUGAAAGAGCAAAGAUAAAAACCAUAGAAACUUGCCACCCAAGCUUCUAUUUUAGGGAUAAAUCCCAGGAGUAACUCAGCUUAAAUUUUACGUUUUGCCUAUGAGGCUUUUACGCAGAACAGAUUGUUUAAAAAUUGUCCCUGGAAUUCUCCUAGCAGAGAAUGGUGACCCAAGAAAUUAGAUAUCAAUAUUGAAGGUGUGCUUACAUAAAUGAACUAGAGUUUGAUGAAGUGUCAAAUCAGCUCCCCUCAACAUCACACUCACGCAAGAGCACUUGUAUAACAGACACCUGAUAUAUAGAUCACACACUGGGACUAGAAGCCUUUUAUUUCCAUACCAAUGCAAGAGUGGAGCAGAAAACAAACCAGAUCUUCCAUGGUUGUCAUUUGUUACUUUUUGACAACCAUUUUCCAUAUCCAUCAAAAAAAGACCAGUGCAGCUGUUACUUCUGCAGAUACAUUGGUCUCAGUGGAACAAGGAAAGCUUUCACUUCAACCUAAAAAUAGAUUAUUUUCUUCUAUAACCCAGUUCACACUGGAAUAAUUUUGGGAUGGAUAGUCCACAUUAUUUAAUUCCUUCUCCCUUUUUUUGCUUAUUUUUCUUUCAGUCCAUUUAAAAAAAUUGUACCUUUUUCUAUAGAACUUUUCCAGCUCAACUAGAGCUACACCUCUGAAGAAAGGGCAUAGCUCAUGCAAAGGAAUUUGACACUGAUAAAUGCUGCAUAUUUUUUCCCAGUUAUCAUAACUCCCCUGAAAUAUUGCACAUAUUCCUUUAAUGUCUGAUUUUAUGUAUGGUCUAGAUAAUCUACCAAGAACCCUCUGUGCAUCUCCUGCUUUGUUUGGUUUCAUUCCCUUGAAGUAUAUUGGUUUGAAUUCAUUGUUGAGAUAACUCUGUUGAAGUCAGCAGAUUUAUUGCCAUGAUAUAUCUGACUUUGCAUGCUUUCUAUCCAGUAAGAAGUGAAAUCAUGACAAAUGAACCUCUUACAUUGUUGAUGUGCUUGUUGAACAAUAUAUCUGUUUAUACUCUAUAGCCAUUGUUGCAUGCUGCAUUCAGGAGGCUGCAGUGAAGGUGUAUUUCUUGACACUUUCCUCUGUGGGCUACUUUGCCCUUGAUCUAUUCACUGUCUUUUUUAUUAGAGUUAAGUCUUCAGCUCUAUAGUGCAGUACUUGA